GCUCGGGAAGAGCUCGCUGGGGCCGGGGCUGCGAGCCUGGGAUUCUCCGCUCGCCCUGCCCGGGGCACUGGGGAAGCCUGGGGCUCGGGCUCCGCCGCUUGGCCGAGGGGGGGUCGGGUUAGCUGCAGAUUUAAUCCGACCCCCCCCCCGGGGGGGCGGCUCCGCGGCAGGAUGGAGGGAGCCUUCCCCGCGUCCUGACAUGCCAGCGGCCAUGCGGGGGCUGCUGGCGCCCCAGAACACCUUCCUGGACACCAUCGCCACCCGCUUCAAUGGGACACACAGUAACUUUGUGCUGGGCAAUGCGCAGGUGCGCAGCAGCUUCCCAGUGGUUUACUGCUCCGACGGCUUCUGCGACUUGACGGGCUUCUCGCGGGCCGAGGUCAUGCAGCGCUGUUGCGCCUGCACCUUCCUCUACGGGCCCGACACCCGCCAGCUCGUCCGCCAGCAGAUCCGCAAGGCGCUGGACGAGCGCCAGGAGUUCAAGGCUGAGCUGAUCCUCUACAGGAAGAGCGGUACUCCCUUCUGGUGCCUCCUGGACGUGGUGCCCAUUAAGAACGAGAAGGGCGAGGUGGCGCUUUUCCUGGUCUCCCACAAAGACAUUACCGACAGCAAGAGCCGGCCGGGUGCCGAGAGCUGGAAGGAAGGUGGGAAGCGCCGGUUCGGCCGGGCCGGCGCCAGAGGGUUCCAUGCCAGCCGGCGCCGGAGCCGGGCUGUGCUCUACCACCUCUCCGGGCACCUGCAGAAACAGGGCAGGAGCAACCACAAGCUCAACAAGGGCGUGUUCGGGGACAAGCCCUCGCUCCCCGAGUACAAGGUGGCCGCGAUCCGGAAGUCGCCCUUCAUCCUGCUGCAUUACGGCGCCUUCAAGGCCGGCUGGGACGGGCUCAUCCUGCUGGCCACGCUCUAUGUGGCCGUGACGGUGCCCUACAGCGUCUGUGUCGGCGCCGGCUCCGACGAGGGGCUCACGGCCGGCCGCGGCCCCCCCAGCGUCUGCGACCUGUGCGUGGAGAUCCUCUUCAUCCUGGACAUCGUGCUCAAUUUCCGCACCACCUUCGUCAGCAAGUCGGGCCAGGUGGUGUUCGACCCACACUCCAUCUUCCUGCACUACCUCACCAGCUGGUUCCUGCUGGACUUGCUCGCUGCCCUGCCCUUCGACCUGCUCUACGCCUUCAAGGUCAACGUGUAUUUCGGGGCUCACCUGCUGAAGACGGUGCGGCUUCUGCGGCUGCUGCGGCUGCUGCCGAACCUGGACCGGUACUCGCAGUACAGCGCCGUGGUGCUGACGCUGCUCAUGAUCGUCUUCGCCCUGCUGGCCCACUGGGUCGCCUGCGUCUGGUUCUUCAUCGGCCAGCUGGAGAUCGAGAGCAGCCGCUCAGAGCUGCCAGAGAUCGGUUGGCUCCAGGAGCUGGCGCGGCGUCUUGAGAGCCCCUACUACCUGGCGAGGAAGAGCUGCAGAUCCCCGGCCAAUGGGACGGGCCCGGGGGGGCCCCCCGGGGCCAACUGCAGCCUCAACGGGAGCAGCUGGGAGCUGCUGGGGGGCCCGUCUCUGCGCAGCUCCUACCUCACCUCCCUCUACUUCGCCCUCAGCAGCCUGACCAGCGUCGGCUUCGGCAACGUCUCGGCCAACACCGACACUGAGAAAAUCUUCUCCAUCUGCACCAUGCUCAUCGGGGCGCUGAUGCACGCCGUGGUGUUCGGGAACGUGACGGCCAUUAUCCAGCGCAUGUACGCCCGGCGUUUCCUCUACCACAGCCGCACCCGCGACCUGCGGGAUUUCAUCCGCAUCCACCGCAUCCCCAAGGCACUCAGACAGCGCAUGCUGGAGUUCUUCCAGACCAGCUGGGCCCUGCACAACGGCAUCGACGCCCACGAGCUGCUGCGGACCCUGCCGGACGAGCUGCGGGCCGACAUCGCCAUGCACCUGAACAAGGAGCUGCUGCAGCUGCCGGUGUUCGAGGCGGCGAGCCGGGGCUGCCUCCGCGCCCUCUCGCUCAGCAUCAAGCCGGCGUUCUGCACCCCGGGCGAGUUCCUCAUCCGCCGGGGCGACGCCCUGCAGGCCCUCUACUUCGUGGGCUCGGGCUCCAUGGAAGUGCUGAGGGAUGACACCGUCCUGGCCAUCCUAGGGAAGGGCGACCUGCUGGGCUGCGACCUCUCGGGCCAGGAGCGCGUGAUCAAGGCCAACGCGGACGUCAAGGGUCUGACCUACUGUGAUCUGCAGUGCCUGAGCCUGCGGGGGCUGGGCGAGAGCCUGGUGCUGUACCCCGAGUUCGCCCGCAAGUUCCGCCAGGAGAUCCGCGCCGAGCUCAGCUACAACCUGGGCAGCGCCGGGGCCCAGGCCGACACCAGCUCGCUGAAUGGUGACAAUACUCUGCUGGAGGACGAGGCGGCACAGGACUCCCCGGUGCCCCCGCCCCACUCGCCAGCCAGCCCAGCCCUGGAGCCCUCGUCCAGCCCCCAGCCGCCCCCUGGCUGCCCCCCCUCAGCUAUGGGAGCCAAGCUGCUGUCGCCCAGGAGGGGCAUCCUGCCCCGGACGCAGCGCCUGCCACCCGCUGCCGGCCCCCAGGCCCUGCAGCUCCACAGCCUGCCCUGCAUGGGGCCCCCCGACCUCAGCCCCAGGGUGGUGGACGGCAUCGAGGAAGACGCCUGCGGCUCGGACAAGUUCACAUUCAGCUUCCAGGUUGGCCCCUCAGGCCCGGACUGCAGCAGCCCCUCCACCGGGCCAGGAGGGCUAGGCGCUAACCUGCUAUCUCCCCUUGCCCCAGAGAGCGGGCUGCUCGCUAUCCCCCUGGGCCCCGCGGAGCUGACGGGCGCUGACGCCAUCGAGAAGCUGCGGCAGGCGGUGGCCGAGCUGUCGGGGCAGGUCCUGCAGAUGCGCGAGGGGCUGCAGUCGGUGCACCAGGCCCUGCAGCUCUUCCUGCUGUCCCAGCCGCCGGCUCCGCUCACCCGCCCCGAGGGCACCUUCCCCAGCGCCGCCCUGCUGCAGCCGCUGCGCGUGGAGACGGGCAUCUCGGCCUUCUACCUGCACAGCUCCGCACACGGCCCGUGUCUCAACGCAACCUGCCCCCACGCCCGGCCUGUGCCCCCGUGGGCCUGUGCCCCGCCCGCCUCCCACAGCUCCCCGUGGACCUCGGCAGGGGGGACGGACGCGGAGCUCCCAGCUAACACAGCCCCUGCCCCGGCGGAGCUCGGCAGCACGUGGCCAACGGCCGGCCCCACGGCAGCACCGGGUGGACACCACGGGGCCAUGCACCCCCCACAGGCUCCGCCAGCCGCUGAGACAGACCCCCAGGGACCUCCGGCUCCGGCCGCUUUGCCUCUGCCCUGGGACCCGCCCGGCCUGGAGAUGGUGCUGCUGGGCUGCCACGGUGCCGUGGGUGCCCCCUGCUGGCCCCGGGAGGAGGGCACAGGCAUGUGAAGGCUGCACCCCACACACACACACUGGGAUUGUUCUGCCCCCCUGGAGAGCCAGGGGGCCUGGCCUGGCCACGCAGCCCCUGUAGGGAGCCCCCAUCGGCCACAGGGCUCGGGCCUCGUUCCCAAGCCAGCAGUGCUGUGGGGGGGGAGAGCAGAGCUGCCCCCUGGAGCUUGUGGGACCCCGAGGGCACAGUGGCAGGGCCCUGCCUGGCCUGUGGAGCUGGGGGGAGGUACUGGGGGGCAGAAGGGCUUCCAGUCCAUAGGGCUUCCCCUCCCCCUCCCUUUUUACAGUAAAACAGCUGCCUUUGGA